CACAUGUACAAUUUAUAAAUCUCUGAAAACAAGCUAACUACUCUUUUAUGUGCGUAGGAUGUGACUGUGGAUUGCUGUCAAAAUGAGUGAAACACCUUCAACUAGUUACUCGGUGAAUCAGCCAAACUCCUCCGAGAGCGAACAGAGCUUAUCCCCGCGCCACUUCAAUGUCACUGAACCUGUGGUGGCAAAACGGAUCUGCUUCUAUAAAAGUGGAGAUCCUCAGUUUAAUGGGAUCAGAAUGGUUGUUAAUAACCGAUCAUACAAGACAUUUGACGCCUUGCUGGAUAGUUUAUCCAAACGGGUCCCGUUACCUUUUGGAGUGAGGAAUAUUAGUACACCAAAAGGGAGACACAGCAUUACCAAUCUAGAUGAUCUUGAAGAUGGAAAAUCUUAUAUUUGUUCCCAUCAGAGGAAAAUGAAGCCCAUCAACCUGGAACAGGCUAGCAAAAAGCCACUGCCCUGGCAGAUCAGUAGGCCUGUCAGUGCUCGACGUCGAGCUGUGCAAUUAGCAAGGGAAAAUGGAGGUGUAUUUGGCCAUCGAGAAAUCAGAAUAACAACUCCCAAAAAGAUGUUUGUUUUCAAAAACGGGGAUGUAAGAUUAAGGCGCACCAUAGUUCUGGGAAAGAAAAAUACACAAACUUUUGAAGCCUUUCUGGAUUAUAUGAGUGAAUUAAUGCAAUAUCCGGUUGCGAAACUAUAUACCACCGAUGGCAGAAAGGUUCCUAACCUUCAGGCCCUGGUAUUGUGCUCCGGAGCUGUAGUUGCAGCAGGGAGAGAGCCUUUCAAACCAAGCAAUUAUGAUUCUCUUGGGUAUUCACGGCCUGCUAAAUUGCUUGGAAUUGCAAAUCGAGUAUACCCAAAAGCAAAUGCCAAGUCAGAAAAUGAAAAUAAUGAAAUGGACUCUAGCUCAAGAUCUCAGAUAUUCUCAGUUUCUUCUGAUAAAGGGUCCAGCAAUGAUAACAACUCAGAUUCUUCCUAUGUUCCUGACAGUCGUAAUGGGAUAGGGGAAAAUCAGUCAGUUACUGGUGAACACCUAUCUGUGGCACAGUAUGAAGAUGACGUUGAGAAAUCAGUUCACGUUAAUCAAGAUGGCAGUAUCACAGUGGAAAUGAAAGUUCGAUUCAAAAUUAAAGAGGAAGAAACUAUUAAAUGGACAACCACUGUAAGUCGUGCUGGCCUUUCUGACAACAAAAACGCUGCCAUUUGCAAUUCUGCAAUAUGUGCAGAAGACUGCUUAUCCAAUGUAAAUGUAUCAGAAUGUAUAAAACCAGAAGAUGGAUUUUUAAAGAGCUACAGUAAAGAAGAGGGAGGCUCAUUACAGCAAAUCAAUGCAGAAGUGUCAGACAAAGAAUCAGAGUCUGAUUUAAAAGCUGCUGAUUGUAAUAUCUCUAAGAACAAUUCUGCAGAUCUAGAUGUAAGCAAUUUACCUGAGGAUAAUAUCAGGCCUCGCUUUUAUAGGCCUCCCACCCCUGGUCCAAGGCGGGUUAGACAAAAGAAAGCAGUAGUUGAAAGUGUCACCCUGGUAUCUGAGAAAGAGGUUCAGGAGAAGACGGUAGGACAAUUUUCCUACAGUGAGGAAAUACAGAACGGAGAAAAUAAAUCUGAGUAUUGCAUGGUAGCUCAUUCAAGCAGAAAAAAAUCAAGUGUCAUUAAUCCAAAGUUUAGUGAGAUGAGUAACAAUGAUUUAUUAAAGCUUUCCUCAGAAAAUAUAAAAGAAGAAAUGCAUUUUAAAGUAAGCCACAAAAGUAGUGAUUUAAUAGAAACCACGAAUAGGAAGACAUUAGAAGUGUCUGAUGAGGGUGAAUUGGUACAGAAUAUAUUGGAGAAAUCAGCUGUGGAGAAAGGUACAUAUAAUAGUUUAGUAUCAACCUGCAAAGCGAACAUAAGUAGUUUGAUACCAUCAUCAAAAAUUUACCAGGCAGCUAGGCCAGGCUCAGCAGACCACAUCCAUGAGUCAUGUGAGAUUAAACAAAUAAAAAGAUCAAUGAGUUCUUUCAUUAGCUAUUCAGAAUCACGUGGGUCAAAAGAAGAAGCAAAAUGCAAAGCUGCUGAUUUAUUAUCUAUUUCUCAAGACUCAGUGCAUUCAGCCUGUCCUGGACAUUGCCAGAUGAAGAUGAUGUUACCUCCAUGUACUAAAGCUCACACUGAGGAAAUAAACCCAAGAACUGGAUUCUUUCCUAUUGUUACUGAAAAAGAGAAUCAAAUCAGUGUCAGAACCGAAUCUGUGACAACACAUCUUACUGAUGACAGCCAAUCUGCAUCUCACCUCACCAAAAAGAAGAAGAAGAGAAAAUCACCUACCUUCCUAGACCAAAGUACUUAUGACAGUCAUAAAGAAAAAGAAUUUUCAGGGUUAAAUAUGUCAGAGAGAGCCAUCACACUAGAGGCUCUAAACCAGGAGGAUUUUCAAGAGGAGGUUGUUGAGCAUUCACUUGAAAACUAUGUUCAAACUUGGCUGAAAAGCUUGCUACCAAAUUCUGUCUUACCCCCUAUAAAGAAGAAAGAAGGUAAUCUUGAGAAUAACAAUGUCUGUCAUUUUCCUAAAGAAAAUACUGAUGAUUCUAUGGAUAAAGAAACAAGAUUUAUCACAAAUAAAAUGCAUGUGACUGGAAAAAACCAUCUGAUUGAACAUAAUCUAACCAAAAAAACAUUGAAGCCUAUUUGUAAAUUGGGAACUUUAGAAGAAUCAACCAAGGAUUCAGGUGAAAAACAAUGUGACUCUUUAAUUCGUGCUAACACAACUAUAGUAGAAGAAGCCAAGUAUUCACUAAAGUCAGAAUUUCAUCGUGAUGGUAAACUACACUUGUUUCAUGAAGCACAUGACAAUAAAAAAAAGAUGUCAGAAGCUGAUAUUCAAGAUACUAGUCUAUGUCAAAGAAAAAAAUCUGAGGUUGCUGUUCAAGUUGAUUGUGCACUUCUCAAUGAGAAAAUGGCAAUUAAUAUUCAGAAUAACUGCAUGUCUAGCAUGUUGCUGCAUGAACUACAAUCAACUUUGCUUGGUCUUCAGAAUGAACAUAGUGGGUGUAUAGGAAAAUCUUGCGGCCUUUCGGAUCUUUCUCCUUCAGCUUUUGGUUCUUCCUCCAAUUUCCUCCUAGCUUGGCUACUUGUACUGAAUCUGAGAGAGAGUUUGAUUGGGACAAUUAAAGAUGAUGUGCAAAAACCUACUUGUAACUGUUCUGAAAUAAUUACACAGUUACAAUUUCUGAAACAAACUACAGUCACAGGAAAAGUUGAUGAACUGAAGGCUGCCUUCUCACAUGUUCAACAAUCAGCAGAAAAUAACUUACUACACUUUGGGAGGGAACUCAAACAGCAGGACUCCACACAUUGCCAUGAGAAUAUGCCCAUAUCUGAAUUUCAUAACGAUAUAGAUUUGCAUGAAAAUGAAAAAUUGGUUGAGUCUUGUUUUCCAAAGGACGGUGUAAAUUCCGAAGAAGCUCUAAAAUUGACCGGUGAAUUAGAAAGCUGUUUCAAUAUACAGGAGGAUCCUUGUAGAGAAACAGAGAUUUUAGACUUGAGCGCUCCUAAAAUGCAGCUAGAUGGUCAAUAUGCCAAUACGAAUUCCAAUACCUGCAGCCUUGCUUCAGCUACAGAGCUACCUGAAAGAAAUGAAGAAGUGCCUGAUAGUCUAUAUAAAAAAUCUCAGGAUAAAACCAUUGAUACAUCAUUCAUUAAUGAAGUGUCAGAAACUUCAAUAGAACCUAACUCGACAGUUCAUAGUGUAACUUCUAAUGACAAAAAUUGUGGUUUAGAUCGGGAUACUUCUGAGUUAGAAGGAGAAAAAUCUAUUAUACAUGUUACUACUGAUAAAAGUGAAGAUGAGAAAGUUGAUCCAAAGUCAGCAGGUAGUGACAAAAACCUGAAUAACCAGCUUAAACUAGAUGCUGAAACCUCUGUUGAAUGUAAUACUGAGGAUUAUUCUGUAAAGGAAGACAAGGAAGAUGCAGAAACUUGUGAGGAGAGCUCUGAGAGGUUAUCUACAGUCUCUCCAUUAUCAUUUUGUUAUGAAUCAAAGCAAAUUACAGAGUGUGAUAUAAGUGAAGGAGAACAGAAAUUGCAAGUAGAAGAACUGGAGAAUAAAAUACAUUCAGACGCUUCUCAAUCAAAAAAAUACUUAAAAAGUCCUGCUACUUCAGACUGGUCAGAUUAUAGACCAGAUAGUGAAGAGAGUGAUUAUAACUUUAGAGCAUCCAGUGAUUUGACCAAUGAAAGUGGGGAAGAAGCAAUACUUGAAAAACAUUACAAUACUGGUUAUGUAAAAAGAACGAUUGAACGACUUUAUGGCAAGACGGAAGCUUCAUUUAAGCCUGACUUUCAAAAAGGAUUUCCUUAUUUGUCGAAAGUAUUGCAAAAGGAUACUGAAGACCUUCACUCUGCAAUGGUGGAAGAAAACAUUCCUUUUCCUCAAGAACCUAGGCCUUGUUCUGCAGAGAAAUCAUCACGUUCUUCACUACAAUCACAAGAAUUUCUAGUAAACAUAAACAAUGACUAUACUAAGUCAAGAAGAGAAAGCACUUCUUUACCAACACCACAACCUACUCUUAAGAGAGAGGAGACAAGUUAUACCAGUUACAGUUCAGGAGAAUCUCCAAAGCAACAUUGUGAACCUAGUGUAAAAGCUAAUGAAGAUGAAGGGAUACUGAUAGAUAAAGGCAAAUGGCUUCUCAAAGAAAACCAUCUGAUAAGAAGGUCACCACCUGAACGGAAUGGAAUGUAUGGAAAUUUGGAUACAACAUCAGCAGACACAGUCCUUGAUGCAAACAGUGAUGAUGUUCCAUACUCUCACUUUGGCAAUCUGAAUCAGUACACACUCCUCAAUGAAAUCUCUUCUUCAGAACUUGAAGAAAUGGCUAAACCCUCUGAAAAUUUUUGCAACUACUUCAAUAUGCCUCAUAACAGCGAUUCAGACCCCCUUCAGGACGAUUUAAGUACAAAAAGCAAACCUAGCCGCAAUGGCAAGAUCAAACCAUCAGUCAUGGCAGGUUCUACUUCCACACAUCUUUCCAAACAGGCUGAUACCAAUAAUCCAGCCUUCACAUCUGUAGAAUUUAGAUUGCCUGAUAACAAGGUGCAUCCGUUGGAACAGCCUUCAGAUGAUGAACCCAUGCAGUCUCAGCCAACUCAUGUUAGUAAUGCUAACAGAAAUGCUCUUCGGGAAGAAGAUUCUCUGGAUAAACUCCAUGCUAUAUGUGGCCAACAUUGUCCAAUACUGAUGGUGACAGUAACACCAGUUAACGAGGAACAGAGAGGAUAUGCCUACCAAAAAGCAUCUGAUAUUGAGAACCAGCUGGGUCCAUGUUUGUUGGCCAAAAAGAAUAAACAUUUGCAAUGGUCAGGUGAAGAUUUAAUAACAGACAAAUAUAAUCAUGUGACUCUGAAGAAUAACUGUAUCAAUAAGAUUGCCAACAAUAUUUUUAAUAGGUUUUAUGCUACUAAUGCCUUAGAUUUUAUUGGUAACAUUGGAAUACUUGCAUCUUCAACCCUGAAAGACACAAGCAAUUUAGGGAAGUUACAUGUAACAGAUGAUGUGAAUGUGCGGUUGCUGAACUUCUUCUCAGGGGAGGAAUUUUCUUUCCCUGCACAUCGGUGGCUGGCCUGGGACCAGGCUGAUGGGGAAAUAUCUAUGGAGCUUCCUGUUUUACUGCAGGGUCAGCCUAUUCUUCCAGGUAAGCACAAUACCAUGUCAGCUAAUGUGUGGCCACAGACUGGUACCGAUACAGUGACUGUCUAUGAAGUGCAUGUGACAACAGGAGAACUGUGGAAUGCUGGAACCAAUGCUGAUGUCUACAUUUCUGUUUAUGGAGACAGAGGUGAUACAGGAUCAAGACAGCUGCUCAGGUCACAGAAACCCAAGAAAUUUUUAAGAGGACAAACUGACAUCUUUACUCUCGAAGCUGUGCACCUUGGACACUUGUACAAGAUUGUUAUAGGACACAAUGGUCUUGGGUCAGGAAACGGCUGGUUUUUGGAUAAAGUUGUAAUCAAGGAUCCUAUAACAGAUUUGGAUUACGCUUUUCUUUGUCACAGGUGGCUGGACCAGGGCCAGGAUGAUGGCAGUAUUGCUAGAGAAAUGACUGUGACAGAUGCCAGCACAUUUCCAGGAAGAGAAGAGCUGGAACUCAAGAGAGAGGAAACUUGGGCUGCUGAAAAGUGGAAAUUUCAGGAAGGCAAUACACUGCAGUUUUACAACAGGCUCACCCGUGGCUUCAUUUGCCUCAAUCCAGAUAGCAGAGUUGAUGCUCUUGGUGACAAGAAAAACAAAUAUGGACUUUUUGAUGUACAUGUCAAAAAGAAAAAUGUAUGUAUAUUCAGGAGUCAUCAGAUGCCAUGUCUUGCUCUUGCUCUUGUCAAUGGCCAUGUAAUUGGAAAGAGCAAAGAUAAGACUUGCUGUGAGCUCUGUGUUUACCUUCAACCAAAUGGUUGUGUCGUUCUCGAAUCAGCUGAGAACCCAGGUCACACUGUUAUGUUCGAUCUUCAAGGCAAAGUGCCUGAUGAAACAACAGGAUAUGCUGGAGUUUCCAAGGAAUUUGUUGUGCACGUCAAGGGUGUGUUUCGCCAUGGUGCCAUCAUUCUGCUCAACACAAGUCUAUGCCAGGCUCUGUCCCUUAGACCUGAUGGGAGCUGCAGUGGAGCAGGUCAGCAGCGGCAGGAUUCCUAUUGGAAAGUGCACAAAAUCAGCUCUGGAGUCUGUAUGUUUGAAAGCGUGAGAAACCCAAGAACAUAUUUGAAGAUCGAAGACGACCAGUGUAAUGGAACAGGCACUGGUGAUGAGUACUGUCACUUUAAAAUUGAAAAGAAUUUGGAAACUGGAUCUGUAAGUCUAGAAUCAGUGCAAAAUAAAGGGAUAUAUGUUGGUCUUCUGCCGGAUGGCCAAACUAAGCCAGUCAUUAACACUGGAGAGAGAAACAUCUUUUUCUACCCACAGGUCAUCAAAUUUGGCCGGAAAGAGCCUAUGGGAACAUCUGCAGCACCCAGUCAAGAGAAGAAAGACUUCAGAGAAUCUCAACUCCAACCAGCAAAAGCCCAGAAGCCAGUAUCUCAAAGCUUUCCAACUCUUCCACCCUCAAAGGAAAUGAGAAAUGCCCAAGGUGGUGAGUGUCCCCUUCCUUCAGAUGAUGAAUGGAAGGUGUCAAUGCUGACAGGAAAUGCAGGAACUGAAGCAAAUGUUGUUCUCUGGAUAUAUGGAGACAGAGGAGUCGCUGGACCAAUAAUUCUUAACAAGGACAACAGAAAGCAGCUGUUUCUUCCCAGGCAGGAGGAUGAGUUUCAGGUUAAAAUAACAAAUGUUGGGAAUAUCUACAAGAUAAGAAUUGAAUUUGAUCAAUCACUGAGUGGACAAUCAGAGUGGAACUUGCAAAGG